AGUGUGCCUGCCAAAUUGCUUAAUAAGCCGCCUUAAAUUAAACUCUUUGACCAUUUUAAACAAAUCGUGGACCAGUAAAUUGUGGUGCAUAGCAGAUGCUUUGAAGAUUAUCAAUGGAAUAAGAGUAUAAAACAACUUAAUUACUAUCUCGAAGUUUGAAUCUUGCAGGGUUUGUUUUCUUGAAUUUGAAGUUUAAUACUGAGUUGCAAUUUCUGGAGACAUUUUUGUUUUAAGAUGGGGUUUCUUGAUCUUCUGUCUACUGCUUCUACGCCUAUUCUCAAAGUUCUGAUAAUCACAGCACUCGGCUCAAUUCUUGCCAUGGAUUCUGUCGAUAUCUUGGGCCAAAGUGCAAGAAAUUACGUCAAUAAUGUUGUGUUCUUUGUGUCUAAUCCAGCACUUGUGUCUAGCAAUCUUGCUCAAACAAUCACUCUUGAAAGCAUAAUUUCUAUGUGGUUUAUGCCUGUUAAUAUUAUUAUUACAUUCAUAAUUGGAGCAGCACUUGGAUGGUUGCUUUUUAUCAUCACAAAACCACCUCCACAUCUAAAAGGCCUCAUCUUGGGUGUAUGUUCAGCAGGAAACUUGGGAAACUUGCCUUUGAUUAUAGUCCCAGCUGUAUGCAAAGAGAAAGGAAGUCCCUUUGGUGAUCCUGAUGUUUGUCAUGGGUAUGCCAUGGCGUAUGCUUCAUUAUCUAUGGCAAUGGGAACGUUAUUUGUGUGGACUUUCGUGUACAACCUACUAAGGGUAUUCUCGGAAGAUUCUGGUAACAAUAUUGUCACAGACACAGUAACCAUGAAAGAGGGUUUGAGUGAAAGAUUGCUUCCAUCAUCUACAUCUAAUGUUAACAUGAUGGGAAAAGAGAAGGGGAUGUUAGGUACAAUUAAGCAACAUUUCGGGAACUUUUCAAGAGCUGUUAACUUGAAAGCGGUGUUGUCACCAUCAACCACCGGAGCUCUUGUAGGCCUCAUAGUUGGAAUGAUUGCCCCAAUUCGUAGGCUACUAGUAGGCACCGAAGCUCCUCUUCACGUGAUUCAAGAUUCCGCAUCCUUAGUCGGGGAUGCGGCGAUCCCGACUAUGACAUUGAUUCUGGGUGCUAACCUUUUAAGAGGUUUGAAAGGAUCAUCGGGUGUCUCGUUACCACUUGUGUUUGGAAUCGUAGCAGCUCGGUUAGUUUUGUUGCCAAUUAUUGGCAUUUUUAUCGUGAAAGGAGCACUUUACCUUGGCUUCGUGCAUGCGGAUCCUCUUUAUGUUUACGUUCUUUUACUACAGUUUGCGCUUCCGCCUUCUAUGAACAUUGGUACAAUAACACAAUUAUUUGGAGCUGGUGAAAGUGAAUGUUCGGUGAUUAUGAUGUGGUCGUAUGGUUUGGCGUCAGUGACACUCACCCUUUGGUCGAUGUUCUUCAUGUGGCUUGUGGCUUGAUUUGUUUCAAUUAGACACAUCAAGCAUAAGAAUAUCAAAGGGCCCUGAAAAGCUAGGCAAUUGCGUUUCUUGCACCAAAUCCAGUCAAAAUUAAUUCAUUUGCAUUUGUUUGGUGGUGAAAGAAAUGAGCGGAACUUGAGCUUAUAAGGCUCAACUCGAAUUGUUAUCGAGUUUCUUUAGCCAUGUGUCAUAUGUAGUAUUAGUAUUUAUGUAAUUAAGACUAGUGAAAUAGCAAAAGGGUUUUUCUAGUUAUUCGAGAUCAAACGCAACUUGAGCUCCUAAAUCGUGUUUGUUUAUUGAGCAUGAUUUGUAAUGAAAACUUUUGGGCUCA